AUGAAGUUAGUUACUCACAUGUCACUGCUGAAGCUAUUCAGCUCAUCCGAGAAUAACAACUCCUCUCCUCCUGUGUCGUCUUUCUUCUUGGAUUUUUUGCGUUUUAACCUGAACGACAGCAUUCGCCUUUUCUUCUUUUCCUUCGGCGAAAUAAGCAAAGUGUCACCGGGCAAUGUGACGCUGUCUCCGUGGCCCGCGGGUGAAGUCCCGGUGGCGUCUGCUCCAUCGUUGACCGAAUCGGACUGUUUCGGUACCUUGGCCUCUUUGUCCGGUGACUUGGUCUUAAAAGGAUUCUUAACUUUUAAAGUGACAGACCUACUCAUGUUUAACUGAAGCGAGUAGUCUUACUUAGUUGCUUGAAAAAGUGAAGUACUGGGCGAACCUGCGCGGUGGGUUACAAUAAACCUGCCCAGACUCUCCCGCACGCCGACAGGUGAUCGUGAAGUGAGCUGAUGUGGGGAGCAGUUCCGGCUACUACCUUCAAGAUAAAAGCCAAUUGCCCUUUGGCAUUCGAUUUUAAAUCGACGGUACAAUCAUAAAUCUGAGUUUCAGGAUGAGCUUUUGUUCUGAAGGCAGUCAUCUUCCACUUUGGCACAGCUUCAAGCGUUGACAAAAUGUCUGCAGAGAUUUCAGACGAUGACUAUUAUUACGGCAGUGAAGAUUUCAGUCCUUGCCACUUGGAUCUAAACCCUGCAAACGUCCUCACUCAAACUUACCUGCACUCCCUCAUCUGCGCCUUGGGCCUGGUGGGCAACAUCCUGGUGGUGGUUACGUACAUAUUCUACAAGAAAAUCAAGACCAUGACGGAUGUUUACCUGGUCAAUGUGGCCGUGGCCGACCUGACCUUCGUGCUGGCCUUGCCUUUCAUCAUAUACAACGAGCAGCACAGUUGGCCGAUGGGCGCUGUGGCCUGCAAGGUGCUGAGGUCAGCAUACAGCAUCAACCUGUACAGCGGGAUGCUCCUGCUGGCGUGCAUCAGCGGCGAUCGUUACAUCGCCAUCGUGCAAGCCAGGCGCUUUUUCGGCGCCCGCUCCGGCUCUUUGAUCUACAGCCGCGUCAUCUGCUUCGCCAUGUGGGUUUGCGCCGCGGCGUUAACCGUGCCCACGGUCAUUUACACCAAGCGCGUGGAAGAAGACGGCCCGGGGACCGAGGACGUGGUGUGUCAGCUGUCUUUCAGUGCAGAUAGCAAAGCCAAGCUCAUCAAAGUGCUCAUUCCCAGCCUGCAAAUGGCCAUCGGCUUCGUGCUGCCCCUCGUGGUGAUGAUGCUGUGUUACUCCUGCAUCACGCUCACGUUGAUCCGAGAGCAGAGCAGCCAGAGGCACAAGGCCAUCCGAGUGGUUGUGGUGGUGAUUGUUGUCUUCGUUGCGUGCCACCUGCCGUACAACGUGGCCUUGCUCGACCACACGCUCUCUCUCUUUAAAGAGAGAAGCUGUGAAGGAGAAAAGCUAAAACUCCAAGUUCUGGCCGUGUCCAAAGGUGUCGCCUACCUGCAUUGCUGUCUUAAUCCCAUCCUCUACGCCUUCACUGGCUCCAAGUUUAGGACCCACUUCAGGCAAAUAUUUAAGGACUUGUGGUGCUUUGGUAAAAAAUGCACUUACUCGGCCCGUCCUUCGCAUGGCAUGUCUAUAUCUGUGUCUGUACCGGGCUUUAAGUCUUCAGAAGGAUCCAACAACUUCUCAUCCUUUACUGCAUAAUUACUCCGUUGGAAAAAAUACGGAAAGUAUUGUCGUGGUAGUGAAAGUGCAGCUAAAUGUGUGUACGUAUUGUACAAAAGGAAUGCGCGAUAUGACCUAAAAUUUACAGUAUAUCAACAUAUUUUUGCAGCCUCCUGCGGUAAAGACACACACCAUAUCACCAUAUACAAAACCCUAAAACCGGUGAAGUUGGCACUUUGUGUAAUUUGUAAAUAAUAAGAACAGAGUACCAUGAUUUGUAAAUCCUUUUCAACUUAUAUUCAAUUGAACACACAGCGAAGACAAGAUAUUUAAUGAUUGAACUGAGAAACUUAUUUUUUUUCUUGCAAAGAACAACUAACUUAGAAUUUAAUGGCAGCAACACAUUGCAAAAAAGUUGGAACAGGGAAAUUUUUACCACAGUGUUACAUGGCCUUUCCUUUUAACAACACUCAUUAAACGUUUGGGAACUGAGGAGACCAAUAUUGGAAGCUAUACAGAAAUUCGAAAGUUGCUUGGAUGGCAACAAAUGUUGCUCCAAAAGCUGUAUGUACCUUUCAGCAUUAAUGGUGCCUUCACAGAUGUGUGAGUUACCCAUGCCUUGGGCAACUAAGCGAAGCAGGCGGGGUUUCUGGAUGUUGUUGAUAAAUCAGAAUCAGAAAAAUAAUUACUUAAUUAUUGAAAUUGUCAGCACAAUCCCAUUUAAGAUCAGGCAAACAUUACAGGGAGACAGAACAGGAUCGUUGACGGGUCUGCCAACUUCCGGCGCCCCAUACAAAAAAGGUGAGAAAGAAGUAAACAGUGGAUGGGGGGGAGAGGAAGGUGGGGUGUUGGUGAGAAAAAAUAAAUAAAUAAAAUUAAUAAAAAAAAUAAAACAUAAAAUAAAAAAAAUAAAAAGGCUUUCGCUUUGCAUAGUAGAGUUUUAACGUGCACUUACAGAUGUAGCGAAGAACUGUGGUUACUGACAGUGGUUUUCUGAAGUGUUCCUGAGCCCAUGUGGUGAUAUCCUUUACACACUGAUGUCGCUUUUUGAUGCUGUACAACCCAAGGGAUCGAAGGUCUGUAAUAUCACCGCUUACGUGCAGUGAUUUCUCCAGAUUCUCUGUACCUUUUGAUGAUAUUACGGACCGUAGAUGGUGAAAUCCCUAAAUUUCUUGCAAUAGCUCAUUGAGAAAUGUUGUUCUUAAACUGUUUGACGAUUUGCUCAUGCAUUUGUUCACAAAGUAGUGACCCUUGCUCCAUCCUUGUUUGUGAAUGACUGAGCAUUUCAUGGAAGCAGCUUUUAUACCCAAUUAUGGCACCCACCUGUUCCCAAUUAGCUUGUUCACCUGUGGGAUGUUACAAAUAAGUGUUUGAUGAGCAUUCCUCAACUUUCUCAGUCUUUUCUGCCACUUGUGCCAGCUUUUUUGAAACAUGUUGCAGGCACCAAGUUCCGAAUGAGCUAAUAUUUGCAAAAAAUACCAAUGUUUUCCAUUUUGAAUAUUAAACAUCUUGUCUUUGCAAUCUAUUCAAUUGAAUAUACAUCGAACAGGAUUUGCAAAUCAUUGUAUUCUGUUUUUAUUUACGAUUUACAGAACGUGCCACUUCACUGGUUUUGGGUUUUGUAUUAUUUGCUGUAUAACUGAUAAUAUAAUCAUAUCAAAACAAGUAAAAAAAGCUCCUAAUUCAAAGAUUUAAAUAACCUGUUUUUUUUCCCCUUAGAGCAAUCUAACCACCAGUAUCGACCUGAUACCUGACCUGAUACUAUACUUUGUAUUGUUACUGUUGAUAUUUGAAUCACCCACCUCUGUUUACAUUCAAGAGCUCUAGUUUGUGGUUAGUAGUUACAUAUUGACUUAGUUUUUUUGUCGCCAUGGAGGCGAGGAUUCCUGAAUUAGAAGCAGCUUCACCGUGUUGAGGGAAAUCUGGGCUAAGCUGAGGAUGUUGUUAUGACUUGUGUAGCCCUUUGAGACACUCGUCAUUUAGGGCUAUAUAAGUAAACAUGGAUUGAUUGAAAUUAGCCGCAAGGACCCUACAGUACAUUGAGGACGUGUUUGUUCGCUUUUCAGUGUCAAAUUUGCAGGACACAGCUAGAAUGUGUCAUCAACAUGCAUCAUCACGAUAUAAUGAUAGUAUUAAAAGUGCUAUCGUUGGGCAAAUGUAUACUAUCUAUGUCGUACCCUACAGUACAAAUGUCAGUGAAGGCAACAUGCUGCACCUGUAUAAAAAUAUUAGUGCUGUUCAAGUUAACUCAUGUGAUUCAUCUCAAAAUAUUACAGCACUCAUCAUGAAUGAACGCAGAUUAUUCACCUUAAUUGUGGAUGAUUACCUGAAAGGCGGCGUUGGUUGUUAGACAGUCUGUGAUCAGGUCAAUGCAUGCGUGAGAUGAAUGCAGCAAUGUACAGAGACAUGCUGGAUGAAAACCAACGUUUCCCAUCCAACCUGAUGGAGCUUAAGAGGUGCUGCAAAGAGGAGACUGCCCAAAGGAGACUGCCCAAAGAUAGGUGUGCCAAGCUUAUGGCAUCAUAUUCAAAAAGACUUGAGGCUUUAUUUGCUGUUGAAGGUGCAUCAACAUGUAAUUAUUUUUUUAUUAAUACAUUUGCAAAAUAUAUGAAAAAAACUUUUUUAUGUUGUAAUAAUGAGGUAUUGUGGUAUUUUGGAAUAAGACAUAACAUAAGUGGAAAAAGUGAAUCGCUGUGAAUACACUUUGGAUGCACUGUAUGUAUUGUAUAAGUUCUCUCUUUGCUUGUUUUUUAUACUUUUCUUCCUUUUUCAUAUUUGAUUUGUAUUAAUGUCCUUAUUGAAUUGUAGCUUGUAUUGUUGUAAUUGCAUUAAACAUUCUUUAUUAUUUAAAAAAACGCAAUCCCGAACCAAAUACUAAGCAGUUUUGUGAUUAAACAAAGUGUCAUGGCGCAUGCUCAAUCCGGCAUGUCAUCUGCUGCAAGCGUAGCCGGCAGCUCUGCUAGAAGUGCGCCGGGACAAGCGCCUGCUCGCUCUUCCUGCAUCCCGGCCACGCGCCUGCACGGCUGAGGGCAAUCAGCAAUCAGCACAACUAAUUCUGAUAAGGGCAGACGGCAUAAAGUCCAGCGGACCCGAAGAUCCAGUUCUGGAACGUAGUUCACUCUUGUAGUAAACAUCCAGUCUCUGGUUUCCCUCCUCGUACUUGCUCUCUCUGUGCUUUCCCUCUGCC